AUGGGUUAUAUCUGUGAUCUAGUUCUAAAUUUUCUGCACAACUAUUUGCCUCUGAAUACAAUUUUUUUUAUUCGCGCCAUUUUUGGCCAUUAUUUCAGCUUCAGCUGCAAUAAGUUAUAUUUGACUACCCAAAAAAUACAUUGCAGUGUUCUAUCCUUCAUUAUUCCAUUGAUAUUAUAUUAUUCUGGAAACUUGAACUUUGGUGCACAAUGGAUAUUAGUUUUUGAGUAUUUCAUCAGUAUUUGGAUUACUCUCAUAGUAGAAAACGACUGUUUUAUAAAAUAUCUGAGUUCUAUCAAACGUGCAGCACGAACCCUCGAACUUAAUCCUUCGAACUUAGAAAGCUUCCGGCUAUACGUAAUCUUCUUUUCAAUGGCUUUUAUAAGAAUUUGUAUUAGUCUUAACGCUUUGGAAGUUAUUUUAAAUCUCCCUCUAGUAUUUUUGAUGUAUUUCUUCAUUUAUACCUCUAUGGAUUUCAGUCACCUUAUUAGAAUUUCUAUAUUUGACAUAUUGUACGGUAGAAUGAUAAAACUUCGAAAUUAUUUUGAGCGUAUCUUCAUUCGGCCGCCUGGUGAUUACACAAAUAUGACAACUGAUUUAAAAAGAGGAUUAUUAGCUUAUAAACUGCUUGUCGAUAGCGUUAAGCUUCUGGAUAAAUUGCAAGCAACGAUCGAUUGGAGGGUUUAUCUAUGCGAUACAAUAUACGCAGUCGUGCUAGUUUCUACUCCGGCAGUGUUAAUAGGACUGAUCCAGAUGGAAGUUGAUCAUAUUUCAUUAAUACUGAGAAUCCAGUAUUCCAAAUGUAACGAUGUCUAUCUACGAGCCGCCAUUUCAAAAGGCAUUAGUUACUUAAAGCUGCGGCCGUUUAAGUUUCACAUCUGGCGCAUCAUACCGAUCGACAAUUCGCUACCGAUCAACUUCAUCAGUCUUUUAUUCACUUACAGUUUAUUAAUUUUGCAGGUGAACAAAAUCUUUUAG